AUGGUUCUCGCUAGUUAUGCGUAUAGAUUUAUUACCAAACGUUUUUCAUCCCUUUUUGUGGUACUAACUGUUGGUGCAAUCGCAACAGAUUUGGUCGUUGAUAAAGGUGGUGAUUAUCUCUUCAAGCAGUACAACAAAGGAAAGUUAUGGGAAGACAUCAAGGACAAAUAUGUUGACGAUUUGGCUUUUACGGGAUAA